UCCCAAGGCCCCCACCUCACUCCCUGAUACAUGAGGAAAUGGAUGAACAGAAGAUCCUAGAACUCAUCAACAAGAUGAUGGAGCUGCUGACUGGAGAGGUUCCUAUAAGGUGUCAGGACGUGGCGGUCUAUUUCUCCAUGGAGGAGUGGGAGUAUGUAGAAGGACACAAGGAUCAGUACAAGGAUCAGGUCAUGAUGAAGGAUCAGCAGCCCCUCACAUCACCAGUCAGAUCCAGUAAGAGAACAGCACCAGAGAGGUGUCCCCGCCCUCUUCUUCCACAGGAUGAUCAGGGAGAAGAUCCAAACAAUAUUAAUGCUCCAGAGACAGAUGUGAGCGGUGAUGAGCAGUAUAAGGAGGACAUUCCUACAGAGAAAGAUCUGAUCUAUUUUAAUGCUACAGACAUAAAUGAAGAAGAAGAGACAGAUGUGAGUAGUGAUGAGAAGUAUAAGAAGGACAUUCUUACAGGGAAAGAUCUGAUCUAUAUUAAAGUAACAGACAUAAAGGAAGAAGAAACAGAUGUGAGCAGUGAUGAGCAGUAUAAGGAGGACAUUUCUACAGGGAAAGAUCUGAUCUAUAUUAAAGCUACAGACAUAAAGGAAGAAGAAGUGACAGAUGUGAGCGGUGAUGAGCAGUAUAAGGAGGACAUUCCUUCAGGUAACCGCCCAGAGCGGCUGUGUCCUCCGGCAGAUGUCACCUGGUGUUGGCUGCUUUAUGAUCUGAUCAUGUGACCUGUACCUGGCAGACAUUACUAGCUGCUCCAGAACACUGUCUGCGGGAUACAAGUGGUGCGGAAAUCAUGGGGCAGAGACACAAAGAAGCGAAGAC